GAAUAGAAUUACAAAUCAUUUAAAGUGAAUUUAAAACUUUAUUUACGUAGAAUUGUCAGAAUAACGAUAACAGAAUAAUACUACGAAGAGGAGCCAUGUGAAUAAGCGUAAAUUACGAACGCUAGAUUGCAGAUUAAACUCCCGUUUCUCGAUACGUGGUUUAGUUUGGCGUAUAGCGUAAAAUAAAGUUAGGAGGAGAGAGAGAUAGCUCGAGAGAAAUAGGAUGUGAAAGGAGUGAGGUUCGAAGAGAGGGGUGAGGACGCGAGUUCUGGGGGUAGCUGUGCCAUGCCAGUGGCUGCAUCGAUCGUUUUCUACUGAGCUACAGCGCCCGUCUCCAACGGAUGGACAAUGCGACCUCGUCGCGCCAGAAAAAUACUGUAAAUCGCGAUAACGAACGGCGUUAGAGAGAAUUGACUGUUGGACUGGACGAGACGUCGCGUCUGUCGCCACCCAACUGCUGGCCGAAAUGAUACGUCGUGCGUAUCGAUCUCGAACCGAUCAGAAACGCGACUUACACGAGCGAAACUUUCGCGUCCUCUCGCCUCCCUUUUAAUCGAUGACGUUUUGUUUUCUACGUACUGUAGUAUGUACUUUUUAAUCAAGCACGCGCUAACGAACUUUCUCUCUGUCUUUCUUUUUCUCUCUCGCAACCGAUCUCAAAUGUUUCCCAAGGGAAAAUGAUACGUUUCCUUCUCGUCUGAAGUAUAUGAUCGCGCAACGCAACCGAGAUGGUCGUGCGGGCGCGAGUGAAGCCGAGGGUCGAAGGGUUGUUGAAGUUUAUUCAAGGUUGAGCGAACUUCACGUGUCGCUUAUCAAAGGCCAGGCGCGACGGUAUUUCCCCACGGCGUUUCCUCGAUGGAAAAUCGAGAGGACUGAAGGAUUACAGGCGGAAACAUGCCCGAACGAUCGUCGGCAAGAACGUACGAGCGGCUCAUUACGAGCGAGGGUCGCGGGCUUGCCGCCACUUGAAUGUCACCGCCGGAGAACAAAUGAUCAGGGCGCGGGAUGGGCGAAUCCUGGCUCUCGGUCCUAUUCGCUGCCACGCUGACAACUAUCACGAUGAUGGCGGUGACGAAGGCCGAUUCAUCUUCGACGCCGUCUCUGUCGACGACCGCUCGUGACGACAUCGUUAACUCCAAACGGGCGGCCAUUGAGGAAGCUUUGGACGUGAUAGAGGCGGCAUCGACGGGUUCCCUGGGCGAGGUUUGCGUUAGUAUGACGGGAUUUAAAUCCCUUCCGGCUGAUGUCAUCCUGGACCCAAGGCGUUACGACGCGGCACGUCAGAAGGCCGACAUGACUGCUAUGGUGCUUCGAAAUCUCGGGGCUACCGAGGCGAUGCGACGUAACGUUCUUUUAGACGCCUUGACCAAGUCCCUGCUCGUGUCAGUGGACGACGCUGUGGAGGCAAGGGUGAUAGCGCUGAACGCGUCCACCGGCACGGUCAUCACUGCAGUGUGGCUUAAACGCAGUCCCGGCAGUGUCGGUGAGCCCUCCAAGGUCGAAAGUCACGCGGUUCAACCCGGAUCACAACCUGAUUCCAGUUUACCAUGGUUCGAGAACGCAGGCAGCAGCGCCGGAUUAAGGUCACCGAAAUUCAUGCAGUCACCGCCGAUUGAAUCCUACAGGGGUUGGUGGACCAUCCCGUACUUUUCCUGCAAAACUCGCCGUUGGCUCAUUUCGUAUAGCGUCAACGUCAAGCCACUGGAUGUCCGACCCGGGGUGCGGGAAUUCAUCAGCAUGGAUAUUGAUAUAAGCGGAUUGGAAGUGAAUCAGUGUGAUGGCCCGACGCAAAACCGUAACGACGGACUUGAGACUUCGAGCAAUCAAAUAGCCUUUUUUAAGGGCACUCACAAGUGUCACACCGAUACCACCCAAUGCGUGUAUCAAGGACCCGGCAGCCGAGUGAAUGAAAAUGGAGUGGGUGCCGGUUGGGCGAAAGGCGCAUAUGUGUGUAAGUGUCGGCAAGGCUUUUAUAGCGUCAGUCAUCAUCAGUCAGGUUUCAACGGGAGUCUCGUGGAAGCUGCGUGGAAGGAAAUGAAAGAGAACAAGAGUAACUCCUAUGAGAAAGUAUUUCUAUGUUUACGCUGCGCACCGGGAUGCGCCAGGUGCAAAGGCCCUGAGCCUUGCUUGGCGACGUACAACUGGCCAUUUAGAAUCUCGCUGUUAGCUGUUUCAAUUUUCUGCGCAUUCGGCACUAUCGUCCUAGUGGCGUACAUGUAUCAGCACCGUAAACUAAAAGUAUUCAAAGUGGCUUCCCCGAUAUUUCUAUCUAUCACACUUUUGGGCUGCGCCUUGAUGUAUCUCGAGAUGGCCGCUAUAUUCCCGGUCCUCGAUAUGUAUUCGUGUAUCGCCACAAAGUGGACGAGACAUAUGGGUUUCUGCGUCUCGUAUACGGCGCUUCUGAUGAAAACUUGGCGAGUUUCCCUUACAUACCGAGUGAAAAGCGCUCACAAAGUUAAGCUGACGGACAAACAGUUGUUGCAAUGGAUGGUGCCCAUCCUACUGGUGAUGUUAAUUUAUCUUGGAACGUGGACCGUCAGCGCACCGCCUUACGCAGAAGUAAUUGCGGAUAAUCAUGACUUGAAAUUCUACCAGUGUUCUUAUAAUUGGUGGGAUCACAGUCUGGCUAUUGGUGAAAUUCUUUUUCUUGCCUGGGGCAUAAAGGUAUGUUACAACGUGCGAAAUGCGGAAAGUCUGUUUAACGAGGCCCGUUUGAUAAGUUACGCCAUUUACAAUAUAGCCGCGGUGAAUAUAACCAUGAUAGCUAUUCAUCUUUUCAUAUUUCCCCGUGCCGGACCGGAUAUCAAAUACCUGUUGGGCUUCCUGCGGACUCAGUUGUCAACAUCUGUUACGGUCUUCCUCGUAUUCGGCCCUAAAGUAAUCAGAGUAUUACGAGGCCAAGGAGAUCAGUGGGACAGUCGAGCAAGAGCACGCGGUGUCACCGCAAGUUUUUCCUUGAACGGAAUCGGUUUAGUCCCAGAGGAAACGACAGAUUUAUAUCAGGAAAAUGAAGAGCUGAAGGAGGAAAUUCAGAAGUUGGCCGCACGAAUUGAAUUUAUGAAGAUAGUGCACAUGGAGAUGCAUAACCGACACAUCAAACCGAAAAUGGGCGGUUACUUCAGCACGCAUGGUCAUGGUCAUGGGCAUCCAUCUGCCGGCCAGAGUCCCAUCGCUAAGAGCUCUACGGCCAGUUUUAUUCUCAAACAGACGGCCGUGGAGCGAGGUGCGACAGCAGCCGCAGCUGCGGCCGUCGAGGACUCGACCUUUCCGUCCGGAAGUCUGCACAGAGCGCGAAGAUCGGAAAUGCUGAGGGAGAGGAAGGCAGAGAGGGAAAGGGAACGCGAAAAAGAGCGGAAUAAGGAUAAAGAACAGAAGGAGAAGUCGCGAACAAGCGGCGAGAAAGUUUGACUAGUAGUCAAUAGUGAGGAGGUAUGGUUGUGACGAAGACAGUGUCUCGACAGAAAUAAGAAGACGCGAGGAAACCGGAGAAAAAA